UGUUAGCCUACCAUCUCAAAUGCAGCAAAAUGAUGAGUCUACUUGAAAAGACCAUGGCCUCAAUAUGUAGACUUACACUUUAAUUUAUAUACGAUGUGAGGAGAACUGUCUCCGGAGGCACUCAGGCAGGCCUAGUUUUCGGCCAUUAGUUGAGGAUGGCGGGAACGACGGACGACAUAACGCCAUAUCCCAACGGCAACGAUGAUGAUAGGCUCCUAAAAAUGAUGCAGGUCAUCAUCACCAUACUCGCCAAUUACGCCUGGAUAGUUGCUGUCAUUUUCGGUAUACCAGGGAAUAUUCUGUCGGUGCUGAUAGCCACUAGAAAAAGAAACAGAGGUCUGUCCCCGUGUAUCUAUAUCACCGCAAUGGCAGUUGUUGAUACUGCGCUGCUGGUACAACUGGCCUGGCUUUCCCUGUUUUUCUCUGAUAUUGGAAAGACAUUUUUGACUGAUAGAGGUAUAAUAUUCAGAGUUGUUGUAUACACGAUGACUACCUUUGGGACCCAGUCAGGAUUCUUCCAAGCAGCUAUGUCAGUAGACCGCCUGAUAGCAGUAAGGUGGCCUAUGGCUGCACCUCGCCUCUGCAGUACGCCCAGAGCUAAGAAGAUCGUCAUUACGACAUUUUUGGCAACAGCAGUUUUUAACAUCAAAGACUUCUUUACCGUAAAGUAUGUUCUGGAUCAAGCUACAGGGGUUGAGUUUCUUGUAGUGUCAACACCAGGAGAUGACGAGCGUCUUAAAGUUUUGUUGGCAGGAGUAGAUAUUUUCGUUGGAAAUAUUUUGCCGUUUUCCAUCAUAUUCAGUUGUAACGUUAUCAUCGUAAUCACUAUUAAACAGGCGUCAAAACAGCGCCGUCUAAUGAAAUCAGGACUGGAUACAAAUGCCAAGGACACACAAUAUCUGACCCGGAUGUUGCUGUUGAUCAGCGCCGCUUAUAUGGUGACGUCACUUCCUUAUAGAUGGUAUGAGUUUAUGAUAGGUAUACCAGGCGUGGCAUCUUAUUAUGAUCUUACCAAGCCAUAUUGGAGCCUUCGACAUACACUGGAAUUAUGGGCCGUUUAUGAUUUGUGGUGUUGUAAUUAUGCUGUUAAUUUCUACCUUUAUUGUCUUGGAGGUGGCAAGCGCUACAGGGAUGAUUUAAAACAGUUGUUUAAAAGAAAGCCUCAAUAA